GACCGCCUCGUCGCCCAGCUCGAGGGGAUGGGCGCGAGGGUGUACCUCAACGACGACGACGUCGACGACGGGGAGCUCAUUAAGAGCGCGGGGGUCAAGGGCGGGGACGUCUGGGGAUCGCUCGUGGGAUACGAGACGCAGAAGCGCGAGAUUGAGGACACGCUCCUACUCGCGUUGCUCCACCCCGAGGUGUACGACGGCGUCGCGUCCGGAACGAGAAAGGACGCGAAGGACGCGACGAACCGACCGAGGGCUCUGCUGUUCGAGGGACCGCCGGGGACCGGUAAGACGAGCGCGGCGAAAGCGAUCGCCGCGCACGCGAGCGUGGCGCUCAUAUACGUGCCGUUGGAGGCUGUCGCGUCCAAGUACUACGGCGAGUCUGAGCGGCUGUUGUCGCAGGUUUUUCAACUGUGCGACAGGCUGGAAGGCGCGGUGGUGUUCCUGGACGAGGUGGACGCGCUGGCGCAGACCCGGGGCGGUGAGAUGCACGAGGCGACGCGGCGGCUCCUCUCCGUCCUGCUCCGUCGGAUAGACGGACUGGACAGCCGAGGUAGAACGGUUGUCGUCGCGGCGACAAACCGGAAGCAGGACCUGGACCCGGCGCUCGUCUCGAGGUUCGACGCGGCGAUAGAGUUCGGGCUGCCCACGGAGCAGUGCAGGGGCGACAUCAUGGGAUGCUACGCGAAGCACCUGACGCGGGAGGAGCUCGCGACGAUCGCCGCGGCGACGGCGGGGAUGUCGGGGAGGGACCUGCGGGACGUCGCGGAGACCACCGAGCGACGCUGGGCCAGCAAGAUCAUCAGG